AUGAGAUUAAUAAAAAAAGGACUUAGUUUAAUAGAUAAAAUAAGGGAAAUAUUAGUAAUAUAAGCAAUAUAUAAUUUUUCAGCAUUUAUAAUAAAUUAUGGCAUUUUUGUUUGAAGAAGAUCGUGGAUUAACAUAAAUAAAGGAUCCAUAUCCACACUUGGGCCCAGGAGUUUACUAAUUACCAGAAAUUCAGACAAGAGUUGCCUAUGCUCCUUUUCUUUCAACUGGUAAAAGAAAAACAGAACUGACAAAUAAAUAAAAGAUAUUAAAUCCAGGACCAGGAUAAUAUGAAAUAUCUAUAAAUAUGGGGGAUUCUGGAGUAUAGGCAUACAUGAAUAAAAGCACAAUAAUAGUUAAAGUAUAAGGGAAUGGAAGUAGUGCAUUUAAAAGUGGAUUAGAAAGAUUUCAAGAAGAUAAAAAAGUUAAGGAAGUAAAGAUGGUGAUAAUAUAUGUAAUAGAUUCCUGGGCCUGGUUAUUAUGAAACAUAAUAAAUAAAUACUUAAAAUAGACAACCAUUAUUUUAGAAUUAAAAGAUCGAUGAUAUUAGGAGUUAAAAUGUAAGAAGAAGAAUAAAUUCAAUUCCUGAGGGAAAGUCUUAGAUAGGAAUGGUUUAUGAUGAUAUAGAGACAUUAGCUUAGCAUUAAAAAGUUAUGAAAGAGUAAAAGAAAUAAAAAGUUGUAGGUCCAACUACCUAUGAUGUAUAACAAUAACAAAAAUAAUACAGAGGUUUAUCUUGGGAUAAAAGCACUAGACCUAGAUUUGAAUAAGAGUAAACAAAUGAAAUUGGUCCAGGUAGAUAUAAUAUAAUUGAAGAUAAGAAAAUAAGGAAUGGAUCUCCAGCAUUUUUAUCUGAAUCUGUUAGAUCAUAUUAUGAUUAAUUAAUUUAUAAAACAAAUAGAGAAAUUAAUGCUGGAUUGAGAAAAUAGAUCAAUUAUAAAGAUUAAUAUUCACCAGGACCUGGAUAAUAUAAUGAAAAUAGAGUAGCUAUUAAAAUUUAACAAAAACCAAAAGAGUUUUAAUUUUUUGGAUCUUCUUUAGAGAGAUUUUAAUAAAUUUAAGAAAACAGUGUUGGUCCUGGAGACUAUAGAAUUUAAGAUUCUUCUUUUGAUUAAUAAGUUCGAAAAAAGAAUUAUACGAAUGCAACAUUUUUAAGUACAUCUAUAAAAGGAGAACCAAUUUUAUUAGAAGAUUAAUAGCCUGGACCAGGUGCAUAUGAAAUUUAAAAAGAUUUAUAUUCAGAUUUAAUUAAGAAAUAAGAUAGAGGACUAAAUGGAUAUUUUGGAGGAAAAGAAAAACGAUUUUGUGAUAUACCAUCAAUAUGUUAAGCAGGUCCUGGAAGUUAUGAUAUUAAUAAAGGAGAUAAAAAAAGAGCUGUUAGUUCAUGUUUUAAAUCAUCAUCUAAAAGAGAUUAAAUUAAUAAAAGUUUUGGACCAGAUAUUGGAUAAUAUAGAUUAGAUUAAGAUAGCAUUGGAAAUAGAAUAUAUAAAUAAAGAAAAUUUAUUUAAAAUUUAUAAAAAAUAGAUGUUUUAAAACCAGGUUUUGAUUGUGGACAACCAAGAUUUAAAGAAAAUGCAGAUAUAUAAGUUGUUCCAACCUCUUAUAAUUACUAAGUUCCUCCUAUAAGUUAAAAAUAGAUUACGGCACCUUUCAAAUCUCAAUAACCUAGACUUGCUUAUAUUGGCAGAUAAUAUAGUCCUGGAGUAGGAAAAUAUUAAGUUGAUGUUAACAAUUGGAAAGUUAAUAGUUUUAAUACACACUAUAAUAAGGUCCUAUAAGAAUCUUGA